GACAACAAUCUUGGGGAACAAGUAUCAAACAUGUAUCAAUUUCAUGCUAUUAAUACACUAAUAUAAACACUCCAUCAACACAAAAUAAGAUCUAAGUUAUCAUCACUCACAUCGUAAACCCGAUCCAUCAAUCACCCGUUUACUUAGCUAAGUCCAACACUUCAAGCUCACAAAUUAAAAAUGGCAUCAACCAAUAACAACCUCUAUGAACUCCUAAACAAAAUCCCAAACCUUACUGAAACCCUCCACAUAAUCCCUAACCCCGACGGCACCGUCACUCGUCCUUUCGAGUUAUACCCUACCGUCCCUCCUUCCACCGCCACCGCUGCCGCCGCCGCCUCCUCCCCUUCCCUUUCUAAAGACGUCGUGAUUAACUCUGAAAAGUCAACCUCAGUUCGAAUCUUCCUCCCUCGAUACGACUCCCUAGAGAAAAAAAAGGAGAAACGUCGCAUUCUAGUGUACGUUCACGGUGGAGGUUUUGUCGUGGCAAGUGCCGCACACCCAAAUUUUCACGAUUUCUGCUCUUACGCGGCGAGCCAGCUCGCCGCGUUGGUAGUCUCGGUCGAGUACCGCCUCGCCCCCGAGAGCCGUCUACCCGCCGCGUACGACGACGUUGUGGAGGCUUUAAAAUGGAUCAAGGAUGGUAAAGAUGAGUGGAUAGAGGAGUAUGGUGAUUUAUCUAGUUGUGUUAUGAUGGGGGAUAGUGCAGGGGGUAAUAUAGUCUACCAUGCAGGACUAAUGGUAGCGGGUCGGGUGGAUGAUUUUAAACCGUUGAUUUUUAAGGGUUUGGUUUUGAUCCAACCGUUUUUUAGCGGUUUGGACCGAACAAAAUCCGAGUUGAAGUUAGCUAAUGACCAUGUUUUGACACUUGUGGUUUGUGAUUUGUGUUGGGAAAUCUCGUUACCCGUUGGGGCGAACCGGAGUCACGAGUAUUGCGAUCCUCUUAAUGGGGGUGGUUCGGGUUUGUUGGAUUGUGUUCGGGAAUUGGGAUGGCGGGUUUGGGUCGUGAGCUGUGAUGGUGACCCGUUGUAUGAUCGGAGCGUGAAGUUGGUGGAGUUGAUGGAGAAAAGAGGACUGAAUGUGAAGUCUAUGUUUUGUAAAGGUGGUGAACAUGGAAUGUUUGUGGGUAAUCCCUCUAAGUAUAAGGCAAAUGAAUUGUUGGAUUUUGUGAAAGAUGUCUUCGUCUAAGCCACUUACGCCUCGUUUUAUCGAUAAGGUCUUGAUAUAGUGGUUAAUAUUGAUUGAGGGUCUGUGUAUAACUGAUCUCGUAGUUUCGUUUGAUAUAUUUGUAGCAAUAAAUGAUCAUAAUGAUAAUGAUUAUUACUUCAA